CCCCGCGGCACAGAGCGCCGAGCAGGGAGCGCGGGCCGGCGGCGCGGGGGGAGGGCUCGAGCGCAGACGGCCGACGCGCGGCGCGGCUGCCAUGGGCGCGCAGUGACCGCUGCUCAGCGCGAACUUCCUCGGCCGCGCGGAGCUCCCAGGCUGGCGGUGCGUCUCCUCCGUCACCAUGAAAGACGACUUUGCAGAGGAGGAGGAGAUGCAGUCCUUCGGUUACAAGAGGUUUGGUAUUCAGGAAGGAACACAAUGUACCAAAUGUAAAAACAACUGGGCACUGAAGUUUUCUAUCAUAUUAUUAUACAUUCUGUGUGCCUUGCUAACAAUCACAGUGGCCAUUCUGGGAUAUAAAGUUGUAGAGAAAAUGGACAAUGUGACAGGGGGCAUGGAGACAUCUCGCCAAACCUAUGAUGACAAGCUCACAGCAGUGGAAAGCGACCUGAAAAAAUUAGGGGACCAAACUGGGGAAAAAGCUGUAAGCACCAAUUCAGAACUCUCCACCUUCAGAUCAGACAUUCUGGAUCUUAAACAACAGCUUCGUGAGAUCACAGAAAAGACCACCAAGAACAAAGAUAGGCUGGAGAAGUUACAGGCAAGUGGGGAUGCACUGGUGGACAGGCAGAGUCAACUGAAAGAAACUUUGGAGAAUAACUCUUUCUUCAUCACCACUGUAAACAAAACCCUGCAGGCGUAUAAUGGCUAUGUUACGAAUCUGCAACAAGAUACCAGCGUGCUGCAGGGCAACCUGCAGAGUCAAAUGUAUUCUCAUAAUGUGGUCAUUAUGAACCUCAACAACCUAAACUUGACCCAGGUGCAGCAGAGGAACCUCAUCACUAACCUGCAGCAGUCCGUGGAUGACACGAGCCAGGCUAUCCAACGAAUCAAGAACGACUUCCAAAAUCUGCAGCAGGUUUUUCUUCAAGCCAAGAAGGACACCGAUUGGUUGAAGGAGAAAGUCCAGAGCUUGCAGAUGCUGGCUGCCAAUAACUCUGCCUUGGCCAAAGCCAACAAUGACACCCUGGAGGAUAUGAACAGCCAGCUCAGCUCAUUCACAGGUCAGAUGGACAACAUCACCACGGCCUCACAAGCCAACGAGCAGAACCUGAAAGACCUGCAGGACAUACACAAGGACGCGGAGAACAGAACAGCCAUCAAGUUCAGCCAGCUGGAGGAACGCUUCCAGCUCUUUGAAACAGAUAUUGUAAACAUCAUUAGCAACAUCAGUUACACAGCCCACCACCUGCGGACGCUGACCAGCAAUCUGAAUGAAGUCAGGACCACUUGCACAGAUACCCUGACCAAACACACGGAUGACCUGACCUCCUUGAAUAACACACUGGCCAACAUCCGUUUGGAUUCUGUUUCUCUCAGGAUGCAACAAGAUAUGAUGAGAUCGAGAUUAGACACUGAAGUAGCGAACUUAUCAGUGAUUAUGGAAGAAAUGAAGCUUGUGGACUCCAAACACGGUCAGCUCAUCAAGAAUUUUACAAUACUACAAGGUCCUCCUGGUCCCCGGGGUCCGAAAGGUGACAGAGGUGCGCAGGGCCCCCCUGGUCCCACUGGCAACAAGGGACAGAAGGGAGAGAAAGGGGAGCCUGGUCCGCCCGGCCCUGCCGGUGAGAGGGGCCCCAUUGGGCCGGUUGGCCCCCCUGGAGAGCGAGGCAGCAAAGGCUCCAAAGGAUCUCAGGGCGCCAAAGGCUCCCGGGGGUCUCCAGGGAAGCCCGGCCCUCAAGGACCCAGUGGGGACCCAGGCCCUCAAGGCCCACCAGGCAAGGACGGACUCCCCGGCCCCCAGGGCCCUCCUGGCUUCCAGGGACUACAGGGCACCGUGGGGGAGCCCGGGGUGCCUGGACCGCGGGGGCUGCCGGGCUUGCCUGGGGUGCCAGGCAUGCCAGGCCCUAAGGGCCCCCCUGGCCCUCCAGGCCCAUCAGGAGCAGCAGUGCCCCUGGCCCUGCAGAACGAGCCAACCACAGCGCCUGAGGCCAAUGGCUGCCCGCCUCACUGGAAGAACUUCACAGACAAAUGCUACUAUUUUUCGGUCGAGAAAGAAAUUUUUGAGGAUGCGAAACUUUUCUGUGAAGACAAGUCUUCACAUCUCGUUUUCAUAAACACAAGAGAGGAACAGCAAUGGAUAAAAAAGCAGAUGGUGGGGAGAGAGAGCCACUGGAUCGGCCUCACGGAUUCGGAGCAUGAAAAUGAAUGGAAGUGGCUGGAUGGGACGCCCCUAGAGUAUAAAAAUUGGAAAGCCGGACAGCCAGAUAACUGGGGCCAUGGCCACGGGCCAGGAGAAGACUGUGCUGGGCUAAUUUACGCUGGGCAGUGGAACGAUUUCCAGUGUGAAGACAUCAAUAACUUCAUAUGUGAAAAAGACAGGGAGACAGUACUAUCAUCUUCAUUAUAAUGGACUGUGAUAAUAACAUGAGCAAAUUUUCGGACAGUUCUCAAAGGCAAAGGAUACUUCCUUCUGAUUGUAUCACCUGCUCACCAGAUUGGAAAAAGCACUGAAAACCAAUUCCUGAAGAAAUUGACAGCUAAUGUUCUUUACCAUUUGCCAUCACUCAAGGACUUUGGAACUAAAAUGUUCCCCCAGUAUGAAAUAUUGAUUUUCAGUAUGCAAGUGGACUGAAUCACAUAGAUUUAUCAGCCAGUAACUGUACAGUGUACGCAAAUCGUAUCUUCCAAAACAUGGAAUGCUCUGAGUAUAAAAAGAUUAUCAUUGGUUGUUGAGCUUUAGGAAGAACUUACACAUAUACUGUGUAAACAGUACCUGACAUUUCUAAAAUCCCAAAUGUAGGAAAAAUAUGCAGACAUAGAGAUAUAUAGGCCAACUCUUAAUAAUAUGAAAUGUACUUAAAGAGCUUUUAAAACUGUAUUUUUGUACAAAAUAUGUGCCUUUUUACAAUUCCCCCCCCCCCUUUUUUUUGCCGUUGUUGCCAUUUUACCAAUAUAAUACAUGGAGCCAAAGAAAACAAUAUGGUACUAAUAAAAACUCAUAGGGUUUCUUGUCAGAUUUAAUUUUACCCAAUGGCAAAGAAUUUUUUAGUUGUGGUUUUAAAAAGCAAUUAAACAUGUGUGUGUACAUAUA